AUGAGAGACAAUCAUAACAUAGAAGAUAUUAAAAAUCAUGUCAAGCCUAUUUUAGAUAUUAAAUGUGCUUAUAAAGGAGAAGAAGAAUUGAUUAAAGUGAGUUCCUUAUAUGAUUUAAAGUAUCAACUUAAAAAGUUAAAUAUAAACAAUGAAUUAGUUAUUAGUUCUUCAUUUAAAUCAAGUGAUAUAGAUUCAUUUAAAAUUAUAGCUGAAAAAUUAGGUAGUAAAAUUUUAUUAAAAAAAUUAAUUAAAAAGAAAGAGAUGUUAAAAUUAGAUGAGUUGUGUGAUAGAAUGGAGGUUAAUUCCGUUAAUCAUAACUAUCCUGAAAGUAAUAUAAAUAUGAAUAAUGAAUCUGAAUUGAAUUUACUCAAAUACUAA